AUGAGACAGGCCUGGCAGGAGGAGGUCAAUUGUAUCAGAUUGAAAAACAAGGAUUUUAUGGAGUUCGACGGACUUUGGAAAAAAGGGUGCAUUGUAAAACAGGAGCAGGUAGUCGUCGAGCUCAGAACUGUGCAAGAGGCCUUUGACAGUGAGUUAAGCCGGUUUGUUCUGGAAAAGGACGAUCUGAUCAACAAGAUACUAACUGAAAAGAAGGCGCUUGAAACAGAGACCUUUGAGUGUGUGGCCAAGCUACAAAAGAAAGAAAGUGAGAUCAUCCAGAGCGAGAUGACUGCAAAGGAGAUCUCAGAGAGAGUGCAGGAGCUGCAAAGAAAGAUCAGAGAGAUGGAGGACAAGUGGCACAUCAAAGUGGCCCAAAUGGAGAAAGAAAUUAAAAUGAUCACCCGGCACAACACCGACCUCCGCCUCAGCCUCCAGGAGCUGCAGAAAAAGAGUAGAGAGAUGGAGGACGAGUGGCACAUGAAGGUGGCUCAAAGGGAGGAAGAAAUAGAGAGCCUCACACAGCACAACACCGACCUCCAGGUUCUUCAACUCAUCCUCCAGGAGCUCGCCCAGAAAACUGACAAGGAGAAGGCGAAGCUGAAAAGACAGGAAAAGAAGGAGUGCUGUGGGAAUAAAAUCCAGGCCUGGUAA